AUGCUACGCCUCAUUGGCCUAUUUGCUGCCCCCUCACAUCUCCCUGCCCCCCUCCAGCUCUCACUCGUCCGUGGCCUUCACAAACUUAAGCUUAAAACUCACAAGGGCACAUUAAAGCGUUGGCGUCGUCGAGUGGCUCCUGGUGGUCCAGCCGCCGAGCAAUUUGUGCGGUCUAAAGCUGGAAGAAACCACGGUAAUAUCGGCUGGUCCCAUCGUGCUUUGGCAGCAUUGUCUCGUCGUGUUCCAGCUCAUUCGACACAUGUCAAAGCUCUGCGUAAACUGCUGCCUUAUUAA